GAGACACGAGUCCUAUAGGGUAGUAAAUGAAAAGUGAUUAGUAGGGGCAUAUUCACGUAAAUAAAUCAAAAAGUAAGGGUAAAAAUCCACGGACGUGAGAGCAAUUGUUAUAUCCAUUUGAAAUCCUCGUCAGGUUACACGAAACGAUUCCGCUUCUCCGCUUCCUUCAUAAAUAUCUCACUCAUCGUCUCUAGAUUGUUCUUUCACACGCAAUUUUCAUUUCUCUCUUAACCGUAAACGAAUCUCUCUUCUCAAAGUUUUAUUUUCUCUCUGCGAUGGCUCAAGAAGAUGUUACUGCUGUUGCUACUAACGGUGCUGGUCCGGUGGAGACGCAUCUUGUCUUCACUGAGUUCAAGCAGAUGUUGCUCGUUGAAGCUCAAAAGGUCGGUGACGCUGUUACUUUCUACAAAUCUGCUUUUGGUGCGAUCGAGUCUGGUCAUUCUCUUUACCCUAAGCGUAAGCUUGACCAAGAGCUUCCUCAUGUUCUCUCUUCUGAGCUUAAUCUCGCUGGCUCUUCCUUCGUUGUUUGCGACGUUUCCUCUCUCCCUGGUUUUUCUACUGCGAAAUCGGAAGGUUCGGGAGUGACUUUUCUUCUCGGAACUAAGGAUGCUGAAGCCGCCGUUGCGAAAGCUGUUGACGCCGGAGCUGUGAAAGUGGAGGUUACGGAGGCAGAAGUUGAACUGGGAUUCAAAGGAAAAGUUACGGAUCCUUUUGGUGUCACUUGGAUCUUCGCGGAGAAGAAGACCGUGAUCACCGACGAGAACAAAGAGGUUUAGAAUCUGUCGUCGGAUCUAAUUCUUCGUCGGUUUCUGAACAAAAAAAACUAUCUAUUAUCCUAGGUUUAUGCUUUUAUUUUGUCUUUUGUGGAAUCCGGUAAUCAGUAAACCGGAUCGAGUAGGCUAAUGACUUUCGGAUUCUAAUUUCACCCCUUUUGACAAACUCUAAUCUUGGUGAAAUUGCAUAUUAAUCUCGGGCUAUAUUAUGUUUUGUUGAUGAUUUCGCUUCUCUAUCUAUCUUCUAUAAUCGUUCUGUGUUUAAUCUGUGUUCUUUGUCAUUUUUGUUGGUUUAGUACUAAGGGUAUAAUCGUCUAUUUGGAAUGAAAAUGAAAUGGUUAGUGAUUAGAUAAGACGGAAUUAAGAAUAUUUGUUGUUUUGGUGUCAGAGUGUUGAAUACUGUGUCAGAGGUAGUGAAACCAUAAACCUCUGUAUUUGUGCUUUGUGGUUUCUCUCUAUCGCUUAUUGGUUACAUAUUUUUCGAAAUUGCCCUUCCGUGUUUGGGCCUUGUGUAGUUUUCGAUUGGUCCUCUUUCUUUUCUUUUGACCAGUUUUUGGGGUUAACCCAUAAACGCCAUUUGGCAGAAAAUACGAUUUAUUAAUAACAUCCGAUAUUUAGAAUAGGAGUAAUAAAAAACAUAAACACACGUAUACAGAGUCUUUUAACAAGUUGGGGCGUUGGCUAGACCACACUGUUUGGGGAGAGCAGAAGCGAGUUCAGGAUCAACACCGAAAGAACCGAGCCAUGGAGAGUUCUUGUAACCACAAAGACAUGCAAAAUCAGCGUGUUGCAGAGCGGUGCAGCAAGGCUGUGAUGGGCUCGUCGGAUUCUCCUUGCUAACCGCUGGUUUGCACUCAUUCAACUCAUCCUGGCUCAUGCCGCAGAGAUCUAUCGCUACUGAUGUAUCGACCAACAUAGCCAUUAUCACGAUCAUCGCCAUCAUAACCAUAGCUGCUUUCUUGCUCGCCAUAUUAUUAUCCUCCUCUCUCUUUUUCUAUAUGUUUGUUUGUGUUUGUGGUGUUGAAAUGAAUGUGCAUGAGAAGGUGUAUAUAUAUCAAGUUUUAGAGAAACCCGUGAACCAGAUUGGAUUGCUCCAUAUAGUCACGGGGAUGUGUUUUUCCACUUUACUUUUGGGAGAGGGUCUUUUGUCAUAGAAUCAUAAGCUUUCGGAUUCUUAUCAAUUAU